AUGAAUGAGUAAUAACGAUUUAUAAAACUAGAGGAAUCUAUAGAAUAACUGAGUAAAUCUAUUCUUCCUCACAUUAACCAAAUUUCAAAGAUGUAAUAAAAAUUGUCAGCAUUGGAUGUUUUUAUUACAAAUAAUCCAAGAGUUGAUUUGAUUAGUGAUACUAUCUAAAUACUAAACUCUUAAUUAAAGAUUUAAGAAAGAUUGAGUUCAAUAGAAUCAUAACACUCUUAAUUUAGUUCUCAUUAUGAUGAAAUUCUUAACAAACAUUCUGUAUGUAUAAUGCAAAUUUAACCUUGGAUUGAUGAAAUGCAAAGGUAUAAAUUCAAUUAUAUACUUUUAAAGUAUUUUAGAGGAUGCCAAAUAGAAUAGGGAGAUGAACAAUCAAAUGAGAAUAAAUUUUAAAGAAAUGAAUUAAAAGUAUAAGGAAUACACUGGUAUUCUCUUGUAAAAUGAUAGAUUAACAUAAAACUAUAAAACUAGGCUAGAUUAAUUUGAAUCAUUAUUAGCUUCUAAAAUUGAUCAUUCAGAAAUAAAAAAAGUUUAAGAUUUAAUGAGGAGAGAUUUUGUAACUUGUAUUGAAUCAGAUAAUAUCAAGAAUUAAAUUCAAUAAAGAAUAGAUAGAUUACAAGGAGAAAUGUGUACUAAAUAAUAAUUAGGGAUUGCUUAGGAUAAUAUAUAAUUUAUUAAAGAUAGAUAAGUGUAAGUAUUAAGUGAAUUAGUUGAUAAAAAAAUUGAAGAUUUAGCUAAUAAUAAAUUAAAAGUAUAUUCUACAAAAAAUGAUUAAAGAGUAUAUGAAGAUAGAGUAAAUUAAGUAUGUAAGAUAUUAUCAGAGAAAAUAUUAAUGAUGUAAAAAGAAAUAUAAGAAGAAUGUAAAUUAAUGUAAGAAUAAAUCAAAGAUGAAAAUUAAUAAUUAAAUGACUUAAAAUAAUAAUUAAAUGUAGUUAAUUCAACAUUCUAAAAAGUUGUUAUGAAAGAUGAGUUGUAAAUUUCAAUGUAAAAAACUAUACGUUUACAAACUUAAUUUGAAUAUUUAAAUGAAAAACUAGAAUCAAUAAGUGCUGCUAUAUUUGAAUAAAAAGUCUCAUUUUAAUAAUUCAAUAAAUAAAAAACAUUAGAAAUAUAAAAUUUAUAACAUCAACUUAUAUAAAAAGAAGGUGAAAGUAUAAAUUAUUGUGAAUCUCCAAAAAAAACAGAAAUUUAUUAAGAAGAAAUGUAAAGUAUUCAAUCCUCUACUUAAAAAAUAAAUAAAUAAUCAUCAAAUCUAUAUAGAGAUGGAUCUUUUAUAAAUUCUGAUAUUAUGUAGAGAAUAUUUCAAAGAUCAGAUGCUAAAAUAUAGGAAUUGUAAAAUUAAUUGGAUGAAUUUAGAUAAAAAUUACCUAAAACAUAUAAAUUUUAAGAAAAUAGUACAUAAGUUUCAGACACAAUAAACAUUAGAAUGGAAUAUUUUAAUUAGAUGAUAAUUUAAUUAAUAGAUGAAUCAAAAAAAUUCAAAAGUUAAUUUGAAUUAUUAAAUUUAUAAAUAAUAGCUAUCAAUAAUAAACCUUAAAUAAAAUAAGAAAAACUAUAAGAAAUAGAUGAUAAAUUAAAAUUUAUUUAAGAAUUAGAAGUUAAACUUGAUUAAAAAUGUGAUUCAUCUUUAGUAAUCCCAAUUCUUGAUAAAAAAGCUAAUGCUUAAGAAUAUAUGACCACAAAACUAUUGACCAAAUAAUUGAAAUAAUGUGUUAUAGACACUAUAAACAGUUUGAGAACCUAUUUUGCUUCAGAUUAGAAUGAUUAAAUUAAAGAUUUGCUCAUCAAUUAAUUAAAUAGAUAUUUAUGCUAUUUUGCCAGAUCAGUUGAAGUUCAACAACAAAAUCAAAAUGAUUCACAAUAGAGCACAUAAUAAAUAAAAUGUCUUUAAUCUAAAUAUACUGCUUAAAGAAUGAAGUCAUAUUCAUCUUGUUCAAAAAGAAGAGAAACUGAUUGUGAUAUAAGAGGAAGAACAGUUAAUCGUAAUAUUACAGAAACUGUUUUAUAUAAUUCAUUAAGAUCAUCUCCAUUAGCCUUUAGAUUAGUAAAUUAAAAUAAAUAAAGUACAAAAAUAGUGAAAAGAAUGAAAGUAUAAUGA